CGGCCCGCGGGCUUCGCGGCCUCAUAGGAGGUCGCGGGGCGUCGCGGGGAAGACAGCGGCGCGGGGAGCGAGCGGAGGGCGGCGCGGGGCCCGGGGCUGUCCGGGGACGUCGCCAUCGCCCCGCCAUGGGGCCGGGACCCCCGGGGGCCGGGGCGGGGGCGCCCCCGCGGCCGCUGUCGCUGGCGGCGCGGCUGAGCUUCGCCGUGGGCCACUUCCUCAACGACCUGUGCGCCUCCAUGUGGUUCACCUACCUGCUGCUCUACCUGCACUCGGUGCGCGCCUACAGCUCGCGCGGCGCCGGGCUGCUGCUGCUGCUCGGCCAGGUCGCCGACGGGCUGUGCACGCCGCUCGUGGGCUACGAGGCCGACCGCGCCGCCGGGGGGCGCUGCGCGCGCUACGGGCCCCGCAAGGCCUGGCACCUGGCGGGGACCAUCUGCGUCCUGCUGUCCUUCCCCUUCAUCUUCAGCCCGUGCCUGGGCUGUGGGGCGUCCACCCCCGAGUGGGCCGCGCUCCUCUACUACGGGCCCUUCAUCGUGGUCUUCCAGUUCGGCUGGGCCGCCACCCAGAUCGCACAUCUGAGCCUCAUCCCGGAGCUGGUCACCAGUGACCAUGAGAAGGUGGAGCUCACGGCCCUCAGGUACGCCUUCACCGUGGCGGCCAACAUCGCCGUGUACGGGGCCGCCUGGCUGCUGCUGCACCUCCAGGCCUCACACUCGGGGCACCCCGAGGACGUCGCCCUGGGCGACCAGCUGGGAGUCCAGGACGUGCCCGUGUUCCGGAACCUGUCGCUGGCCGUGGUGGGCGUGGGAGCCGUCUUCUCGCUGCUCUUCCACCUCGGCACCCGUGAGCGGCGGCGGCCGAGGCGCGUGGAGGAACCGGACGAGCACAGUCCCCUGGUGUCCCUGGACCCUCGGCCCCUGCUGCUCUGGAAACACUGGCUCCGGGAGCCCGCUUUCUACCAGGUGGGCAUUUUGUACAUGACCACAAGGCUCAUUGUGAACCUGUCCCAGACCUACAUGGCCAUGUAUCUCACCUACUCCUUGCACCUGCCCAAGAGGUUUAUCGCGACCAUCCCGCUGGUGAUGUACCUCAGUGGCUUCUGCUCCUCCUUCCUCAUGAAGCCCCUCAACAGGUGCAUCGGGAGGAAUCUCACCUACUUCUCGGGGCUCCUGGUGAUUCUGGCCUUCGCGGCCUGGGUGGCGCUGACCGACCGGCUGGGCGAGGCGGUGUACGUGGCGGCCGUGCUGCUGGGCGCGGGCUGCGCCACCAUCCUGGUCACCUCGCUGGCCAUGACGGCCGACCUCAUCGGCCCCCACUCGCACAGCGGGGCCUUCGUGUACGGCGCCAUGAGCUUCUCCGACAAGGUGGCCAAUGGGCUGGCUGUCAUGGCCGUGCAGAGCCUUCACCCCUGCCCCUCGGAGCUGUGCUGCAAGGCCUGCGUGGACUUCUACCACUGGGUCAUGGUGGCCGUGACGGGCGGCGUGGGCGUGGCCGCCACCCUGGCGCUGUGCAGCCUGCUGGUCUGGCCCAUUCGCCUUCGCCUUUGGAGCCAGGACCGAGACCGGCCGUGAGCCGAGGGCUCCGCAGCUGUGAGGACGCAGGGACCACACCCCGGAGCCUGGAGCUGAGGUCUGGGACGUGCCGUGGCCCCGGCCCUGGUGUUGUCUCCAGGAUGGCGUGGGCACCCCUCCGUGCACCAGGGCAGGGAGCGAGGGUCCCGAGGGGUGCCAGCCCCUUGGCAGC